CCCGGGGUGCCACGUGUUCAGUCUCCCAGCCCCGCCCAAACGCACCCCUCAGACUGGUUGCUCGCCCGACCCAGAGCCCCUGCCCUGGAGGGAGGGGUGGGAAUACUUGCACGUGGGUCUGGGUGUAUGGCUAAGCUUGUAUAAGUCUGGGAGCCGCGGUUUGUUGAUGUAUGUGGCUCGUAUGUUGCUGUCACCCCAAGUGUGUCUGGCUCUGUAUGUAGGUCUCUGUGUGUCCCUUGAGUGUGGGUGCCUACUGCCGGUACUAAAGCUGUCUGUGAUUGGUAUGUUUGAAAUAUGGUGCUCUCGGGAGCCCUGCCAGAAGUGUUUGUUGACCUUUUGGAACUACAGUGGAGCUCUGACCCAAGCAAAACAGACACCCCACCACCUCCACCCCCCUGUCUACCUCUGCCUUCCUAAGAACUUUACUCCUCCAGGGCCCAGACAUACUCCAUUUCAGAAAUCAGAACUAGCUUGGUUGAUCAGGAGGCUCCAGAGCCAGCCUGAGAUCUUAGGUGAGGGCUGUCUAUCGUUAGCCCUGCCCUCUUUCAAUGGGAAGGAUCCUUUUAAACAUCCUCUCCAUUUUGGGCCCCCUGAAUGGUCCCAGUUGGUUAGGCUUGCUUGCUGUUGGGACCUGAAUGCCUAAACCUGCCAUGGGUCCCAUCAGGACCCUUGGAAGGGCUAAGUGAAGUCAUAGUGUGAAAUAUUCCUAUGUGUUAGGCACUCAGUAAGUGAUCCAUUCCCUAAGCCAUGUGUCCUGGGUUGAGGACUCUACCCUGCGAGGUAUCUGCUUUCUGGGGCACAGGUGGAGACUGUAGAUAAGUGGUUCGGUGCUGAGAUGCAAUCCUGUGUAAUCAAGUUCACCUGUCCAUACUGCUGCUGGCAGCCAGAUGCUUGGGCCCAUUGGGCAGGCCAUUGGCCACCUGCGGGAUGAGCAGACUGCUGGGGGGGACGCUGGAGCGGGUCUGCAAGGCUGUGCUCCUUCUCUGCCUGCUGCACUUCCUUGUGGCUGUCAUCCUCUACUUUGACGUCUACGCCCAGCACCUGGCCUUUUUCAGCCGCUUCAGUAUCCGAAGCCCAGCCCAUGCCCUCUACCCUGCAGCCAGCAGCAGCACCAACUGCUCUCGGCCCAAUGCCACUGCCUCUAGUUCUGGGCUUCCUGAAGUGCCCAGUGCCCGGCCUGGCCCCACAGCUCCAGUCAUCCCACCCUGUCCUGACGUGCCACCUGGUCUUGGUGGCUGGUGUCCCUGGAUUCUGGCAAAGGCCCUGACUCUUGACACUGUCCUGCCUGCAGUGGGCCGAGUGGUCAUCGAGUUCACCUCACCCAUGCCUCUGGAGCGGGUGCAGAGGGAGAACCCAGGCGUGCUCCUGGGAGGCCGUUAUACACCACCUGACUGCACCCCAGCCCAAACAGUGGCAGUUAUCAUCCCCUUUAGACACCGGGAGCACCACCUACGCUAUUGGCUCCACUAUCUGCACCCCAUGUUGAGGCGGCAGCGGCUGCGCUACGGUAUCUAUGUCAUCAACCAGCACGGUGAGGAGACCUUCAACCGGGCCAAGCUGCUCAACGUAGGCUUCCUAGAGGCACUGAAGGAGGAUGCUACCUAUGACUGUUUCAUCUUCAGUGAUGUGGACCUGGUCCCUAUGGAUGACCGCAAUCUGUACCGUUGUGGUGACCAGCCCCGCCACUUUGCCAUCGCCAUGGACAAGUUUGGCUUCCGGCUGCCCUAUGCUAGCUACUUUGGAGGUGUGUCGGGCCUGAGUAAGGCCCAGUUUCUGAGGAUCAACGGCUUUCCUAACGAGUACUGGGGCUGGGGCGGUGAGGACGAUGACAUCUUCAACCGGAUCUCCCUGACUGGGAUGAAGAUCUCACGCCCAGAUGUCCGGAUAGGCCGCUACCGCAUGAUCAAGCAUGACCGGGACAAACAUAACGAGCCCAACCCUCAGAGGUUUAGUAAGAUUCAAAACACAAAGCUGAGCAUGAAGUGGGAUGGCAUUGGAUCGCUGCGGUACCGAGUCUUGGAAGUGUCUCGGCAGCCACUCUUCACCAACAUCACAGUGGACAUCGGGCGACCCAUGUCAUGGCUCAAUCAAGGCUGACACUAAUGGACAAAGGCCCUCCAUGCCCUUCUGAUGUGGAGGUUUGCCUGCCAGAGGACUGAACUACAGCCUGGCUGACAGUGGCUCUGGGGGCAUCCCCAAGACUGAGACUGUGAGCUGUUUUCUGAGGGUCUUCAAAGACGGCCUAGAAGUUUCAGAACCCACUUUGAGGGGCUUCUGGGCAAGCCCCUCUUAUGGCUCUCUCUGAGGCCAAUCCUUCCUGCCCUACUUCCUCCAGCCCUAACCUCCUCACUGUUAGGGUUGGGCUAGCCCCUGCACUGCCUCGCGGAGUGGCCUGGGCUAGGUCACUCCACUUCUCUGUGCCUCAGUUUCCCUCCCCCCUUGAGUCCCCUAGGGCCUGGAAAGGUGGGAGGAUUGACUUAGGGGGCAGUGUCUCUUCCAGGGGGGAGUUCUCAGAUCUGGAGAUCCCUCAUGCUUCCAGGGGAGGGGAAACCUUUUUCAUUCAACAUUGUAGGGGGCAAGCUUUGGUUAGCCACCUACUGAGGAGCGCCCCCCCCCGGGAGGGGACCAGAAGGGGUGCUGUUUCCUGGGAUCAUGGGGUUGGCCUUUGCAUGGGGGACAGGUGGGGCUUGGAUCAGUCCGUGGUUCUGGCCUCCCUGCCUUAGAGAGGAGGCGGAAGCCCAGGGCCUGCUCAUGUUUAUAUGUUGCACAGAAACUUGUGUGGGUGCUUUAGUAAAAAACGUAAAUGGA